CAGAAUAUCCACCUUUUUAUGUCUAUCGAGGAAGGCAAAACUCCAGAAAUCUCGGGAGGAAAGGAUAUACUGCUCGAGCUUGUCCCAGAGAUGUCUCCGGCUGAAGUCAAUACCAACUCUCUGCCAGACUUUUUGUUCAGGGCGAAUGGAGGUGUCAGCACGCUACUUAGCUUGGAAGGGGAUGCUGCUUAUGACUCAGCGGUUGCACCUCCGCUUUUCACGUUGAAAGCGGCCGAUUCUUUGCUUUUGGGUAGUCCAGCCAGGGACGCUGUUCUGUCGUCUGACGCCCCGGCAUUUUCAUUCAAAGCUAGUGAUUCGUUCUUAUUGAGCAAACCAGUGUCUGAGCCUACGGAUACGACGGCCCCUCCCUUCACCUUCAAAGUCUCUGAAUCCUCUUUAUUGGGAAAGCCAGAGCCCUCUUCCUCGUCCAGACCGUCUCUCUCGAACAUUCCCCCUGCCUACUCUGCCACCAGCUCAAGACCCAAGGUGGAUGCAAAGUUACUGAACGGACGGGAAGUCUCGUUCAAAAGACGCUGCCGUAAGCAGAUCGACGAAGGAAUAACAGGUAUGGUCGACGAGCGGCACUACGGGGUCAACAUCAACGAGUUGUACAGCCGUUUGGAGCUCAUGAACCUCGUUAACGAAGACCGGCCAGUGCGCGCCAAGAAACCCACUGGGUCCGUGUUGUGGGCGGAGAAGUGGCGCCCCAACACGUUUUUCGACUUGGUGGGAAACGAAAAGACGAAUAGAUACAUCCUCCAGUGGCUCAAACAAUGGUCGCGGGCGGUGUUUGGCCAACCUCUAGAGCGGUCAGGGAAACUUGCGGAUAAUGAGGUCAACCCCGAUCCGUUCCAGCGGCCGCGGAAGAAGAUCUUGUUGAUCCACGGGCCACCCGGAAUCGGUAAGACGACGGUUGCCCACGUGCUCAGCAAGCAGAUGGGCUACGACAUUAUGGAGAUCAACGCGAGUGACGAACGGUCUGGGGUUAGAAUCAAAGACAAGGUGCACAACUCGUUGACCUCCAUGACGUUCAGUGGGAAACCCAACGUGUUGGUGGCAGACGAGGUGGACGGGGCGGCAGAAAAUGGGUUCAUCCGGGUCUUGACCGACUUGAUCUACCACGAUUCGCGCGCCGUGGCGAACUACCAGCGCGAAAAGAGCAGAGGUGAUCGCAAGAAGCAGCCGUUCUUGAUGAGGCCCAUCAUCACCAUCUGUAACGACCUCUAUGCCCCCGCGUUGGAAAAGUUGAAGCCCCACUGCGAGAUCCUCAGCUUCAAAAAGCCCGGUGAACGACUCAUCCGCGAGCGCCUCACGGAGGUGUUGCGGCUCGAGCGGAAGUUGGGACUGUUUACAAAGAAGGAGGUUGCAGACGUGGUGAAUGUGAACGGCGGGGAUAUCAGAUCGUGUCUCAACUACUUGCAGUUUAAUAGCGGAGACAAAGGACCUAGCGUCUCUCAGACAAGCACAAAGGACACCCAGGUGAACUGGUACGCCAUUGUGAACCGGCUCUUCUCACGAAACAACAGGCCCGCGGUCGAGCAAUUCGGGGAGCUCACGCGGCUCAUUGAGAACUACAGCGGAAACAACUACGACAAGAUCAUCAAUGGGUGUUUCUCGUUGUACCAACUGGUGUAUUACCACGAUGAAGGGCUCAGAAAGCCGGCGGAAAUCAGUGACUGGCUCUACUUCAACGAUCUCCUUGGCAGCAAUGCGGUGGUAUCUGACGGCUUUGACUCGUUAUCAUACUCCACCGUGGUGGUCUUGAAGUUCUGGGACCUCUUUUCUGACUUGAAUAACUACAACAGCAACUUCCGGAUCCCUAACUUGGACUAUGAGCACUUCCAAGCGUUCCAGCACAACUACACCCUCAUCGGUGACUGCUUGAAUUCGUCCUUACACCACGCGUUGGCCUUCCCUGUCAGCUUGCGCGUCUUACUCCAGCGCCAGAGCAUGUCCCUGGAGGUGCUUCCAUUGGUGAACAAGAUUAUCUUGCCGGAGUUCCAGAAACAGGCGUCGUCUGCCAACCGCUCCAUCUUGAUGGCGAACAAGGGGAACAAGGCGAAGGUCGAGCGCGCGGCGGAGAUUUUGCACGAGUUGAACAUCGAGAUCCACAACAAACGGAACAUCGAAACCUCCACUUUUGCCUUGGAGUUUGAGCCCUGCUACGAUUCGGUGGUGGCGUUCACCGAUAUUCUGGAGAAGCAGUUGGCGCAGAAAAAGACCGUCGUGUUGCCAGUUCUUGCCGAGGAGCUACUGAAGUUUACCAAGAAAAGGCGCUCGCCGGCCGGAGCCGUAGAAACCGAUGCCACGACCAAAGGGGAGACCAAGCGCCCGAAGCAUACCAACUCCAUGGACUUUUUUAAAAACCGGUAUGACGAGCUUAACAACACCUUGAACAGGGACAUGUCCGAAGAUCGCAAGCGCGCGAGCGCCCAGCACCGCAUCUGGGUCAAGUACCACGAGGGCUUUUCCAACGCCGUACGCAAGAACAUCACUUGGAAUGAUUUGUGGGAGAAUUAAAUAAUGUAUAUUUGACUAAAUAAAAUCUGGAAUCCUGGUG